AUGGGUACUACCGAUGAAAAACACUUAGAAUUAAUUGAAACAAUAUUCAAUCGUUUUUUAAUUCAAACUCAAUCUGAUAAUCCUCAAUUAUCUCGUGAUUAUUUCGAACGAUUUACUCAAUUAUUAAAUCAAACUUUUCAAAAAUAUCCACAAUUAAAAUCAUCAAUUGAAACAAUUAUUUUAUCAAUUAUUCUACCUUUUCAUUCAUCAAAUAAUGUUACAUUUGAAUAUCAACUACGUUUAAUACGUUUUUCAUUACGUCAACAUUUACAUAUUUUAGAAUUGAAUAAAAAUGAUUUCCUUAAUAGACUUUGUUAUCAUUCACUUUUAAAUUAUUCAAGUAUUGUUCGACAUUUAUCAUUACAAAUAGCUAUUCUCAUUUAUGAACAUGAUCUUUAUCAAUCAUUUGAUGAACAAUUUUUUACACAUAUUAUUAAAAUAUUUUCACCAGAUCCAAAUCUUUAUGUACGAAACACAUUGGCACAGUUUUUAGCUCUCUAUCUUUCUAAACAUGAUCAAUAUCAAUUAUUCGAUCAAAUUCAAAAACAUUCAUUAAAUUCAGAUCUUAUUUAUCAUAUUCUAAUACUUUUGGAUCAAGACAAACAACAAUUAUUAAUUAAAGAAUUAAAUAUUUAUGAAAAUUUGUCAGAUACUACAGCAAUACGUGCUUUUGUAUUAAAAACAGCGAAAUAUGUGUUAAAUGAAGAUCAACUUGUCUUUUAUUUAAAUCGUAUUUUAGAAAAAUCCUUAUCUGAUUAUGUUCAUAUGCUUUUAUCGAUUAUUUCAUCACGUUAUGAAUAUCAACAGCCAAUUAUUAAAUUAAAUGCUUGUCUCAAAGCACUUUUUCUCUAUAUGCAAGAAACAGAAAUUGAAGAAAUCGAUGAACACGAACAAAAUCUUGCAGUUGAUCAAGAAGAUGAAUUCGGUGAAUUAACAGAAUAUAUCUGCUGUCAUUUAUAUGAACGAAAUAUUGAAGCAAUGGAUCUUGCAUCAAUUGUUCUUGAUGCUAUUCAACCAUUGACAUCAAAUUCUGAAUCAUUUCUUUAUAAACUUGAUUUUUAUUCUUCAACAAUUGUUAAAAUGUUAAAUGGAGAAAAUAAUCAUGAUAAAAAUUUUGCACAAUUAAUCAAUUGCUUUGGAAAACUACAACAAUUUAAGUUAUUAAACAAUAAUCUAGAUGAUAUUAUUAUUGAACAUAUUAAAAAUAAAACUAGAACAACACUUGUUUAUCAAGCAUUAUUUAAUUUAAUACUUAAUACACCAAAUAGAAUAUAUUAUCUUGAAUCACUUUAUACGAUUAUAGAAAAACUUCUUUUUCAAGAUACAGAUAAAUUAUUACAAUGGGAUAAUAAAGAUUCUAUUCUUCAUUUUUUUAUACAAUUAAUAAAAACAACAACAAACAUAUCCAAACAUGAUAAAUAUCCUUCUUGGUUUAACAAUGAAUUCCUUCAACGUAUUAUUGAAAAAUUUGUUCAUAAUAAUAAUGAAUAUAUUCAAGGAAGUCUUAUUGAUUUUCUUGCAACACUUGUGGAAUAUGAUUUACUCUCACCAUUAGAUAAUUAUUUAACAUCAAAUUUUAUUCAACUUACAGAAUAUUCUCUUGGUGAUGUUGUUCGUUGUGCACUUGCUCAUGCAUGGUAUAUUAUAUUGACUAAAGCAAAUAAUAAUGAUUGUUCAAUUAAUCAAUAUGAAUUUUCAUUUGGAAACACUAUUAAUCGUGAAUCAUUAUCAACAAUUGUUAUUGCUCAAAUACCUUUGUUAAUUGGUGAUGGUGGACAUGAAACAGAAAUACAAUGUCUUCAUUUAAUAGAAUUUAUUGGAGGAAAAACAAAAGAAUUAGAAAAUGUACUUGAUUUUCUUAUCAGUGAUGGUUGUUCGAAUGAAAUUAAAGAGAAAGCACGUCAAUUAUUGUCGGUAGAAAAUAACAAAACUACUGAAAAGAAAUCUAAUGAAAUAUUAGAAGAUGAACUUUCAUCAAUUCUUCAUUGGUUAGAACAUCCCGAUGAACAUAUGAUACUUGAUUGUGAUUAA